AUGAAAUGUGGUCACCCAAGAAGUUCUGCUGUUGUAUAAGCUUACGAACCGGCUACAUAAUCAUAUCAUUUUUUACUCUUUGCCUGUGUACCGCUCACCAGGUGGAAUUCUUUCGUUUGAAGGAACAUCAUGACUAUGUGUAUCCAUCAGACUGGCUUAAUCUUAUGUGGGUAAUUUUACAUUUGCUGGCCUCUAUGUGCUUAUCUUAUUCAAUGUUGGUGGAGAGCGCACUCCUUUCCAUUUUGGUUUACCUAAUUAUCGAGAUAAUUUACUUGAUGUACGUGAUCAUUUAUGCGUCGGUAUCCUGUGCUCUAAGGACAAAUACAUAUGCAAACCAAGGACUGGGGUACUGUAUUACUUUCUGGGUUCUGGUAGUCUUAACUUGCGUGAUCACGACUUAUUUCCUCUACAUUAUAAGCUCAUAUUAUAUACUAAGGAGGCAACAACGUAUUGCAAGUCAUCAAGUACAACAAAAUCUAACAAAUUAAAUAUAAAAUCUAUUUCGUGUUAUUUAGGGUCU